CUUCAAAAUGUUGCCCUUCAAGGAAAUGCACCAUCCAGCUAGCUUGAAAUGUUUCGAAACGGCCUCGGUCCUCGCAGCUGCCCUUGCAAGCACACACACACAAAGCAAAGGCAAAGCUUCGUGCCCCCAGUCUCAAGAGCUUGAGUAUUGGUUUGGCGCUGUUUGGCGUUGGGAAAGCCGAAAACCAUGCUAUGCAUAGCAUCACACUCAGGCCGGAUUCAUACAGGGCAUGUGGUGGGAGGUCAUCUCAAGAUGCAUGCCGCCAUCCCUGCGAGGUGAUGCAGACCAUCGCCGAAAUCAAACACGGGCUGAAUUACAUUUGGGGCAAGGAGAGCGACUUGAACGAGACCUACGAUUUUGAGUUCUCUGGGGGGUCUUGGUCUUGCGUUCGAACCAAUGCCGCAGACUCUAGGAAGUUUCGUGUUGUCUUCGAUGCAACCAAUUGCCGUUUGUGGUGGGGCCAGUCCUACUUCAUGGAUCCCGCUGACCUGGCCAAGAAACCCGAACGGGUGCAGUGGUAUCGCGCAGCAGAUCAAGCGAAAAGCCGCGCAGCUUUCGUUUGGCGCAGGCUGAGGGCCAAACCGGGUGCCAAACCGGGUGCCCAGGCAGCGCUUCCGCGUCGGCCGGAGCCCGAUCGAGCCCCGCGACGGAGCCCGCCGUCGAAGGAGAGCGAGAAGCGCGAGGCAAGGACCAAAGUCCCCGUCCCACUGCCUGAAAUCAUGCUCGAUUUGGAGGAGGUGCUAGUGAUCUACAAGCCGCCACACUGGAAAGUGGAACUCCCCGCCAAAGACGCGCAGGAUGGCUUCUUCUUGCCCAGCUGGCUGCGAGAAAGGGUUGAGGGCAUCGAUCCAAAGCUUUUCGAGGUGGAGUCGAAUCCCGCGCUCUCCGGCACCGGCUUCGGGCCGCUGUCGCAUCGCAUUGACCAGGAGACCAGCGGGCCCUUGUUGGCGGCAAGGACCGUGGUUGCUCACAAGCACCUGCGAUCGCAGUUCCACAAGACGGAGGUGUCGAAGCGCUACGUGUGCCUGGUGCAUGGUCGAGUCAACAGCCCCAGCGGCGUCCUGGAUGCAUCCAUUCGGACACUCCGAACGGAUGCAACAACACGGUCGGAGAUCUCGGCUGCAGGUGAUUGGGCAGAGACUCAGUACCAAACCAUAGCGACCUUCGAAUCCGGAGCCUAUGGCGGAGCCUACAGCCUGCUGGCCUGCGACAUCACCUCCGGCCGUACGCAUCAGAUCCGGGUGCACAUGCAGCACUUCGGGCACUCCUUGGUGUCAGACGACAAAUAUGCGUCACAGAAGCUUGAGCAGGAUCGCACGUGGUGCCCCCGUCUCUUCCUGCACUGCUACCGCCUGUGCUUCCGGGACAUGAGGAGACGGGCGCAGGUGGUGAUUUGCCCUUUGCCGGAUGACCUGAAGGCUGCGCUCACCAGACUCGGGGCCGCAGAAUGCCCAUCGGACCUCUUGUUUGAAGAGACGUCCUGGCAGCGAGAGGUCUUUCGGCCGCCACACACCUCUUGGCGGCCUGGAACCGAGGUUCAAAGGCACGUGGCAUCCAUCCUCUCCAAAGUCAAUGAGCCGGUGCUUCUCGGCGAUUUGAACGCCGACCCGGAGUUGAAGAGGCUUUUGGCGAAGGAGAACAUCAAUGGCAUCAACAAAGCCUGGCUGGCAAAGAACUGGCACGCUUUUGAAGUACUCAACGUCCAUGACGAAGCAGCGUUAAGUCUGAAGCUGCGGCCCACGGAGGGCCCCGAGCUCCUGGAGCAGCAGAUCGAGGCGGUCCGGUCCGAGGUGGAGGAGCUUCAGAGGCAGAAGCAAAGAGCUGUUGCCGAGGAGCAGUACUUGCAGGCCGCGGAGAUCAAACGUCGGGUGGAGGCGGCUGCGGCGGAGCUGUCCUCGCUUUUGGCUCUCGAGGACACCGAGGACGGAGGUCCUGCCAGGCCGGCGCCCAAACCGGCGCAGUCCUUCCAGCAGGACGUGAGGGACGAGGCAUUGUUUCCAUCCCUGGGCGCUCCGAAGCUCCCUUCGAAACCUGAGCUGGAAGAUGUCGGCGAAGGUCAGACGGAGGUGCCGUCUUUGCAGGAGGCGAUCUUGACCUUUCUGGAUCGCAAGGAGGGCAGCAUUUGCCACAUCAACGAAAUCAACAACGAUCGGUCUCUCAAAGAGGUCAUGGCCAUGCAAGUGCCCAAAGCCACGGCUGUCAACAAGGCCUGGCUUAAGCAGCACGAGGAUGCCUUCACGCUCUUCCGGGGGUCCGACAACGAAAUGUACGUAGUGAAGACCCAGGCCGUGAGGGACCAGAAGGCCAAGGCCAAGGCGAAGGCGGAUGCCAAGAAAAUGCCCGCGUAUCACCAGGUCAUCCAGAAGGCUGACGUGGACGCCGCCCCUUUGGUGUACGAGUAUGGCAGCAACAAGAAGCCGGAGGACGGACAGGCGCCGACCUGGCAGGACAAGUUCCGGGAGGUGUUGCAGGCGGGGCGCCUCACUGCCCCAGAGCUGCUGGCGCGUGUGCCGCUCUUCGCCCCGGCGAUGGGUGCAAGCCGUCCACGGCAGCAGCAGGAUCUCCUGGUGACCUUUCUGCAAACCUGGCCAGACCUCUUCAAGGUGGAAAAGCAAGGCUCAGGAACGGAGCGACAGUAUGUGGUCUCGUUGAAGUGAUGCCGAGUGGCCAAGCUAUUGGACAGACCCGUCGAGAGU